AUGUCUGAUCGAAAAAAAGUAGCCUUGGUAACCGGCGCCUCGUCGGGAAUUGGCUUUGCCACGGCAAUUGAGUUUGCCAAAAAAGGGUACAUUGUAUUUGCCGGAGCAAGAAGAUUGGAACCCAUGCAAAAGUUGAAGGAUGAAUACGGAAUUAACAUAUUCAAGCUAGACGUGAGCGACUUGAACAGCGUCCAGCAGGCUAAAGAGUACAUCAAGAACCAAACAGGGAGCGAAUAUUUGGAUUUUCUCUAUAACAAUGCAGGCCAAUCAUGUACAUUCCCCGCCACCGAUGUUACUGAUGAACAAAUAAAACAAUGCUUUGAAGUCAACGUAUACGGCCCCAUGAGAAUAGUACGAGAGUUUAUCCCCUUGUUGAUCAAUGCCAAGGGCGUCAUUGGCUUUACUGGCUCCGUUAGCGGAAUUGUCCCUUUUCCAUUCUCGUGCGUUUAUUCCGCUACAAAGGCUGCUAUCCACCAAUACGCAGCAGUGUUGAGAUUGGAGUUGAAACCAUUUGGUGUUAGGGUGAUCAAUAUCGUGACUGGAGGCGUUAAGACAGAUAUCGAGGACAAGAGGUCUCUACCACCAUCAUCGCUUUACAAUGUUUCCGGCAUAGACUUUGCCUUUAACGAACGUAGACAGAUGGCUGCACGAAACAAACCUAUGCCCGCACAUAUCUACGCCAAAAAAGUCGUUGGAGACUUUGAAACCGCCCAGUUGGGUGGCACACUAAACUACUAUCGCGGUAGAAUGGCCAUAUUUUUAUCAUUUGUCUUGACGUUUGUGCCUAGAAGAAUAGUGGAAUGGGGCUUGGUACGGAAAUUCAAGUUGAGUCUGGUGUUUCAAACAAUCCACGAGAUUUACUCCAAAAAGAAGUUGGCUUGA